CCUAUUAGCGAAGCACCAGGGCAAGGCAUACUGCAAAGUUCAAGCCUUUGGACUUCACGAGGAGACAGGGCUUGCUCCGGCAAAUUGUAAACAACCUCCGGGGCUCUAAUUAAGCGGCUGCCGCUUGCGACCUGGAGUGCUGGACAGAGGUAUUCUUUAGGUCCUGAGGAGCUUCAUGUUAUCAAUAUGGGGCAUAAAGUGAUCGUAUUUGACAUUUCUGUCAUAAGAGGAUUAUGGGAAACACGUGUCAGGAAGCAUCAAGAAAGGCAGAAGAAGGAAGCCGAAAGAUUAGAGCAAAGUGCUUUGGAAAAGAUAAAAGAAGAAUGGAAUUUUGUUCAAGAGUGCCGGGAGAAAGGUAUUCCCCAAUCUCUAUACUGCAAGAAUGGUUUUGUAGACACCAGUAUGAGCCUUUUGGAGAGGCUAGAAAAGAACUCAUUAAUGGCAAAGAAGGAGUCACUUUCCAAGAAAAGAGAAAAAAGAAAAAAUAAAUUCAUUUUUGAAAUUUCAGGGGAACAGUGGAAGGAACUCCCAGAUUCCCUCCAAGAACAGACCUAUCUGAAAGAAUGGCACAUAGAAAACACCCUCAUUCAUACUAUCCCUACUUAUAUUCAACUCUUUCGGGAAAUGAGAAUUCUGGAUUUACCAAAAAACCAAAUUACACAUCUUCCCACCGAAAUUGGUGAUUUGAAGAACCUGAAAGAACUCAAUGUGAGUUUCAACCAUCUGAAGACGAUUCCUCCAGAAUUAGGAGACUGUGAAAAUCUGGAGAAACUGGAUUUGGCUGGAAAUCUAGAAUUAACGGAGCUCCCAUUCGAACUAAGCAAUUUGAAACAAGUUACAUUUAUAGAUGUGUCAGCAAAUAAGUUUUCCAGUAUUCCCAUAUGCGUUCUUCGGAUGUCAAAUUUACAGUGGUUGGACAUCAGCAACAAUUGCUUAAAUGAUCUUCCACAAGACAUUGACAGGCUGGAAGAACUGCAGACCUUUCUCUUACAUAAAAACAAACUGACCUACUUGCCUCAGGCUUUGCUCAAUUUAACAAAGCUCACCUUGUUAGUAGUCAGUGGGGAAGGUUUGGUGGAGAUACCUACAGCCAUUUGUGACUCAAGCACACAUUUAAAAUUUGUAAGCCUUAUGGAUAACCCAAUUGGCAACACCAAAUAUCAAGACAGUGAAGAAAUGACAGGAAAUGAACAAGAUCGUCAGCAUUUUGAAAAGGAGUUCAUGAAGGCCUACAUUGAGGAUCUAAAAGAAAGAGAAUCUGUUCCUAGCUAUACCACAAAGGUUUCAUUUAAUCUUCAACUUUGAUGUCAUCCAGCAGGAAGACAGAAAAAUCUCUUGGUUAUGGUCAUUAUGAAUUGAAAACUUUCAACCAUCCUUUAAGUACAAGACUGAUUUUUUUUUCAUUCAUGAAAUCAGUGGCGUGAACUUAAAACAAAACUCAAGGAAUUCAUUGGAGUAGUUAAGAAGUGAUUGCUUAACAUUUUAGAAAAUAUGUUAUUUAUAAAGUGGAAUUUUUCAGACCAAAUUUAUAAGCUUAGAGUUUUCAAAAAAUAUAGGAAUAAAUAAUGUUGUAUAAAAUGUUAGAUUUAUUUUAAAUUAUUUUAUUAGAUUAUAUUGCACUUUUCAACAUGAUUUGUAAAGUUUUAUUUUUUUAGAAUUAUUUUCCUUAGUUUAUAUGAAUUGUUCUUUCCAUGGAUUUUAAAUGAUACUGUGGGAAGUGGAAGUUUCUAUAUCUGGAUCACAUAUCAAAUGGAGUCCAAUAGACGUUUAAUAAGAGCCUGCUUUGUGCCAGGCAUACAAUUAAUAAAAAUGAAGAUAGCUUCAACUCUCAAGAAGCUUACAAUCUAAUGAGCGGAGGGGAGAUUACACACAAAAGGGAUCAGGAGAGGGGAAGGGCUACACCAGGGCUUACCUGGCUAUCUCAUUCCAUGGAGUUGAAAUCAGACAAAGCAGCAAAUUUGCAGAAUGGAGUGAAAUGCAAGUCCAGUUUCUGCCCUCUGAUAGGCAGUGGCUUGGAGGAAAAGCUAAUGAUGUAAACUAAGCAAAGGACUGCUUAGAGGAUUGAGAAGGGGGAUUUGGAAGAGAAGUUGUCCAAGGGCUAAAAAUGGAGGAGGUCAGUUACUGCUAUGAGAAUCCCUUGUUUCCUAAAUUAUUUGUGUUUUAUCUUCCUUAUUCCAUAAACUCAUUAAGCUGGCCUUCAAUUGUGUAGUUUGAAUUCUUGCAACCAAACAGUGGAUUAUAGGGAAAUAGUAGCAACCUUGAGGCUUCUUCUACAACAAAAACAACAAUAAUAAUAACUAACUUUUAUAUAGCACGUUGCUGUUGUUGUUCAGUGGUUUUUCAGUCAUGUCUGACUCUUUGUGACAAAUCUUGGGGUUUUCUUGAUAAAGAUAUGAGAAUGGCUUAUAAUUACCUUCUUCAGCACAUUUGACUGAUGAGAAAACUGAGGCAAACAGGGUUAAGAUUACAGUCACACUGUGUAAUAAGUGUCUGACACAGGAUUUGAACUAGGAAAAUGAGUCUUCCUGACUCUAGGCUCAGCACUCAAUAGACUGCACCAUUUAGCUGCCCAAAUAGUGCAUUAAAUACGUUGUUUCAUUUUUGCCACUUAAACAACACUGUGUAGUAGAUAUUACAGGUAUUAUUCCAAUUUUGUAAAAAAGGAAAUUGAGACUCAAGGAAAUGAACUGACUUAGGCAUGUUCACACAGCUAGUAAGAGUUGAAGGUAGAAUUUGAACUCAGAUGUCCCUAGACAGUAGGUCUAACACUUUUCCCACUAUGCCACACCAAUAUAAACUGUUUUGGUUAACUUUAAGCCAGUUUCUUCCCAGUACAACAAAUAUAGGAUUUUACAUUUUGAGAGGUGGCACAUAAGCCCAAACACAUUUAUGGAAACUAUACUUACACAGUUAGUUUAUGUAUUGGUAUAUGAUUACAAUGAAAGAAAUUUCAUGCAAACAUACUAAAAGGUUAAGAAAAUAAAAACAAUGACUAACUUAAAUGAGAGUAUUUUUGUUAAAAUUGUUUUUGAACUAAAUUUGGAAUCUUUAAUUCUAUAACAUUAAUAAUUUUUCAAGUAAUUUAUUGACCUGUAAAGGUAGAUUUUACAUGGAACUAUAUAAAAAUGCACCUUAACUCAAUGGAAAAGUAGAUUUAUAUAUGAAUAAAUUUAUACAAUUUACACAUAGUUUUGUUUCAAUAAAGUUGGUGUUUAAUGCAAAAAA